CAAACAGUUUCCCUCAUAAUUCCUUCUUCUUCACCCUUUCAAUUCCGUUCUUCUCUCACCAUGACUGGAAAUUACUUUAUUACCCUUCCCGCCACCCUCCUCCUCUGCCUCUUCGCCGCCGGGCUGCAUACGUCAUCCGCCCGCCUGGUUCAGGAGCCGCCCACCGUUUUGAAUUACCACAACGGCGUCCUUCUCAAGGGCACCGUCACCGUUAAUCUCAUCUGGUACGGGAAAUUUUCACCGGCGCAGCGGUCCACAAUCGUCGAUUUCCUCACGUCCUUGAACUCCUGGAAAUCCAAUUCGCCUUCCGCCGCGUCUUGGUGGAAAAUCACGGGCAAAUACGGAGGCGGCGGCUCCUCAAAUAUUGCCGUCGGGAAACAAAUCUUCGACGAAAAUUGCUCGCAGGGGAAGUCGAUUAAAAACGACCAGCUCCCUUACAUAGCUUCCUGGGGCGGGAACUCCACCGGAACCGUUAACCUUAUCCUGACGGCGACGGACGUUUACGUCGACGGCUUCUGUUCUAACCGGUGCGGGACUCACGGGUCGUCUGCCGGGAAAUCUCGGGCGGUAUACGCAUGGGUGGGCAACUCGGAGAGCCAGUGCCCGGGUUAUUGCGCCUGGCCGUUCCAUCAGCCGAUUUACGGGCCGCAAUCGCCGCCGCUCAUUCCGCCGAACGGAGACGUCGGAGUUGACGGGAUGAUCAUCAACUUAGCCACCGUUUUGGCCGGAGCUGUGACGAAUCCGUACAAAAACGGCUAUUUCGAGGGGGUCGCCGCGAUGCCGCUGGAGGCGGUGUCCGCCUGCACGGGGAUAUUCGGGUCGGGCGCUUACUCGGGUUACCCGGGGCAGGUUUUGGUAGAUAAAUCCACGGGCGCGAGCUUCAAUGCGUAUGGAGUGAACGGGAGAAAGUUCCUGAUACCGGCGAUGUGGGACCCCCAAAGUUCUACCUGCUCUCCCCCGGUAUGAUUUCACCCGGUUAGGGUGUGGGGCCAGCUCGCUUGGGCAUUUACCACAGUAAAAAAUGUUUCAUUAGUGAUGAACAGAUGAAAGGCAAAAAACACCACGCAAAUUCCAAACGCUUGAUUAGUUAAUUUGUCAGUUUAUGAUUUUUUUUCUCUUCUUUUUUACUACGUAUGAUUUAGCUAACGUGAUCCUCUUGUUGCCUGAACAAUGUAAUGAAUAGAAUAUACAGUACGAAAUAUUUAAAUAUAUAUAAAUAUUGAAAAUAGAAAUAAAUAUCCCUUUCACUGAGAGUGAAGUUGGUUUCUACUUACUAACCAAUAUUUU